AUGAGGACAUUUAGUUACAACUGUCCUGGGUUGGGGAAUACACGAGUAGUUGGUGCUCUUAAGUCGUUGCUACGACAAACCACCCCGAGUUUGGUCUUUCUUUCCGAGACCAAACAGAUAGAGGAAUAUAAUGAGGAAUUUCGAAAAAAGUUGGGCUACGAUAAGGGUGAUGCUUGGUCAACUAACCAAGAAGGAGGAGGGAGAGCAGGGGGAGUGGCUUUGUGGUGGAAGGAAGAAGUUUUAGUCCAAGUGAUGUCCUCCUCCCUUCACCACAUUGAUGCAAAAGUGAUAGAGAAAGAUGGGGUUGUCUGGCGCUUUACGGGGGUGUAUGGAUGGUCGAAAAAUGAAGACAAACACAAUAUGUGGGAGUUGAUGACCUUGUUGAAUGACCAGUGGCGAGGGCCAUGGCUUUGCGGGGGCGAUUUCAACCAGAUAGUGAAUUCGGGGGAGAAAAGUGGUGGAAGGCUGAUGGGUGAUGGCUAUAUGGAAGAUUUCAGGCUUUAUUUGGCAGAAUGUGGUCUUAAAGACCUGGUUUUCCAUGGUUACCCAUUUACCUGGGAUAAUCGUCGGAAAGCUAAGAGGUUCGUCGAAGAGAGAUUGGAUCUCUUUGUUGCAACCAAUGAAUGGCAAGUACACUUCCCUGAGGCUCGUAUUUUACAUCUUGACCGGGAUCGUUCAGAUCAUAGGCCGUUGGUGUGUGACCCAAAGGGAGAGGCAAAUAUUGAGGUGAAAUGGGGAUGGCAGUUUCGCUUUGAACCUCACUGGGUUCGGCACGAUGGAUGCAAGCAGACAGUUGCACAGGUCCGGUCGGAGGAGGGACACAGCGAAACAGUGAAUAAAUUGGACAAAUGUCGUCUAAAGCUGGAUCAGUGGAGCAAGGAGACUUUCCCAAAUUAUCGAACCCAACCUGCGCGAAUCAAAAAGGAAAUUCGGAAGCUAGAUUGGCUGCGCAAGACGAACGUGGUCCUGGACCAAAGACGGACUCUUGAGUCCGAACUAGCUGCUCUCGACCAUGAUGAGGAGCUCUUUUGGAAGCAACGGUCUCGUGCCAAUUGGCUUAAGGGAGGAGAUAAGAACACAAACUAUUUUCAUUGGAAAGCCUCCUCUCGGAAGAAAAGAAAUACGUUAAAGAAGUUGCAGGAUGAAGCUGGCAAACGGUACGUGGGGCAGGAGGAACUCUUCGCAUGCAUGGUUACUUUUUGCCUCUAUUCACAGCGGGUCCACCACCAGUUUCGACACCGGUGCUAG